CUUCUUCUUUCAUGUGCCAGCAAUGGCAGCGUCCGCAGAGUGUGGAGAAACGGCUAUUCUCGGUCUCCGCCGCGAUGGCCGAGAAGAAGUACACUGAAGACCAUGAGUGGAUUGAGCUUUCAGAAGACGGCAAGACCUGCAUUUCCACAUACGCCGCGAAAGCCCUUGGUGAUGUCGUAUACGUCGAGCUUCCUGAAGUUGGCCUCGAGGUCUCCGAAGGCGACACCAUUGGCGCUGUUGAAUCCGUGAAGUCAGCGUCCGACAUCUUGACCCCAGUCGCAGGAACCGUUAGCGAGGUAAACAGCGCAUUGGAGGAGAAGCCUUCAGCUUUGAACAAGGAUCCUGAGGGCGAGAGCUGGAUUGCGAAAAUGAACGUGGAACAGGAACCAGCGGGUGUUCUCAUGAGCAAGGAGGAAUAUGCGAAAUUCACAGAGGACGAUUGAGCGUUGACUGGUGUUUUGUAAGACGUGAUAGAGUAACUGUUAGCAGUGGUGAGGUGACGAAAGCCUGGGGGGUAGACAGAUUUGUUGGUGGGUGGUAAGCCUGUUUGAUGCUCUUUCAACAACCUGAGCAGCUCUCUAACCCGUUU